AUGCGAGCCAUCUGGUCCCGGGCAACUUCGAACCCGGGUACCUGCAGAUGCAUAUCGUGUGUCUCCAAUACCACCGCUCUCGCUACAUGUGGCCGAAGGACGGCUCUUCGCGGCUCAUGGGCAGUAGGCACACCCACGUCGACCUUCGUAUAUACGACCAUAUUUGCAGCGGGUCUGGCUAUCGAUGCGAAAGCAAAAGCUGCUAGGAACAAACAAUGGGACAAGGCAUUCUCGCAGCUGGCCGGAAGUGCCCAUCAUCCGUCUUCAGUAGAAGAUUUCAAAGACGCAGAAGCCGCGACGGAUGCUGUUUCCCUACCCCAUGGUGAUCACGGCUUGACCUUCGAUGAUCUACCCAGGGACCUGGACUGGAAUGCCCUGCAGCGCGUCGUAGGCAUGGAAUUGGAAGAAGACCAGGUGUUGGAAACUCAAGAAAUCCAGUCGCAAAUUCGAGAUUACGCCAACUUGGCUUGGGAAGAUCUGCAAUUCGAUUCUAGGUUUCCAGGCGUUCAGCAGUUAGAAUGGCCAGCAAACACCGGCGCUGAUCUUGUACGCAACAACUUGCCACCACAGUCAUUAUGGGCGCCAGAUCGAAUGCGUAUCAUAGCGCUACGAAGGAGACAUACCUGGAAAAAGCUGGCCAUGCAAGAGCUGUCUGUUGGGCUGCUCAUACACGAUCUGUUGUAUCACACCAACGCAGCCCGCUUCUCUGGAACUCUAAGUGAUGAGUUCGCCAAGUUAUCACAUCAGAUCCGGGACGCCAUAUCCAUGACCCAGGACCAACGCACGGAAGCACGUCUGAACAUAUUAGAGGCCCUUGAAAACCUCGAGAAGACCCCGGUCGACAGCGAAGUGAAUGAUUAUGUCAACGCCCGAAUUCAGGCGGACCACCCAGCAAUUCCAAGAUAUUAUCAAGACCCUGACGGGGACUUUUAUGCCAUCACAGACCAGAUGAACCAAGGCAUCCAAGGCUUACUCAAGGAAAUUCCCCAUGGUAGUGAUAAAAAAGAAGCUCUGGCCGUUGCGAAGAUUUGCCACAACCUCCUUGUAUCCUCCGCUUCCCCUGAUUUACAAACAUUCAACACCUUACUCAUUGGCUUCCGCCGAUGGCGUCGCCCAAAGCUAGUGGAUCGUGUUGCAGCUUCCCUGCUGGUCAGCAAGAUCCGCCCGAACGAGAUCACUUGUCGGGAACUACUCAACCAUUAUGCUUCUGCAAGACAUGGGUACGCUGACGACUUCUCGCGUUUCAUAACGAGGAUGAGAGGGUUGGACGAUGCACUAAUGCUCGCAAACCCCAACAUCUCCAUUAAUGAGGCCAGCCAAGGCCGACUCGUAAGGGUAAACGAAGGGAAGAUCUACCAGAAGGUCUACCCCACGCCCAUGGUAUUCAGCUCCUUGAUCACUGGCGUCAUGAGAUUUGCUGGAUUCGACCGAGCCCUUGAUAUCUACUACGAGAUGAAGACGGACGGCUGGGGUCUCGACGUGACGGGGCUAACAAGACUUUUAAACGAUUGUAUCCGCCGUGCUGAUUGGGAAGGCGGCUUGUACGUGUGGGGCGAGAUGAACAGCAUCAACAAAACCAGAAUCAAACCCCAUGACAUGGCCAAAGCAUACUCCAACAUGCUCAGCUUAUGUUCCAUCACCGGCAACACUGUUGCUUUCAACCAGAUUCUGAAUGAGCUGUCCAAACAAGGUUUCGAUCGCGGGGAAAUCCUGGCUGCUGCUGCCAAGGCAACGGGUGUAGCGCGAAAGAAGAAGGAAUACCUCGCUCCUGCUUGGGUCGCGGACAAUGUCAUGAUUGCUGCGUCCGCCUACGUGAAGGACGCGCGAUCGUCAGGGGCGGAGGGACCGCUUGCACCCGAGAUGAUGGAUGAUGAUAACACCAUGUUCUCUCAACACGAACCUGAUGCGAUGGGGGACAUCGAGCAUAGUAUCGCUGAGCCUGAUCCUAAGGAACUGUGGGCACAAUGGCUGGAACGUGAAUUCGGGGAGAGACCAAAGGAACCUGAGCCAUGA